AUGGGUUUUCUUGCCAAGGUUCUGCCAACACCAAUACCAGGUACUUACGCAGUACGAGAUUUUCUUCAAGAAGCCCAGCUCAACCCAGUGAAGCCCACAUACAGUUUUAAAGGAGAAGGCAGAAGGAGAAUACCCAUCUACGAACGAACAGUUGAUAACUCACUACCGAAUGUUUCUGCAUACGUUCCUCCUACUUUUAUAGAUUUGCUAGGGAAAAAGCUAGCAACGUAUUCGUUUAAAAACUUACCAAGAAGAAGUCCCAGUACCUUAUGUUUUAAAGACAAGGAUACUAACAUUGCACCAGGACAGUAUGACAUCAGCUCUCCUCCAGUUCCCAUGUUUGCUUCCAAACAGUUUAUGUUUCGUUCUGCUGUCCAGAGGUCCUCAAGUAAUUACUUCACUCCAAAAGAAGGCCCGGGACCAGGUCACUACGAAAUAAAGAAAAAAACAUCUCGCACUGUGUGCUCAUGUUUCCAGUCGAAAGUACCCAGGAUGCUGCCAGUCCGCUCAGAUACACCAGGGCCUGGAGCCUAUGAACCCACAAGACAGUUUCCAAGGCAGCCACGAACUAUUGCUAGCUUGGGUCAGGAGCACAGCAUCUUCUUCAGCAGUUGCCUUCUGGAGGGCGAGCUGUCGCUGGAGCAGUUCGCGGCGGCCGCCACUCCGUGUGGGGAGUCCUACAAACAAGAUAUGACGUAA